AUGGCUAAGACAAGACAGCUUUCUUUGGAAACACGUCAGUCAAUCGUAGUUUUGAGGAAAGAAGGUUACUCCAUGCGAGAAAUAGCCGGGAAACUCAAGAUCAGUAUCCAUGCUGUUCACUACAGCCUGAAACGCAAAGAGGCCACUGGGUCUAAUGGGGACAGGAGACGAAGUGGAAGGCCAAAAACAACAUCUCCUGCUGAAGAUAAAUACAUUCGGGUGAGCAGUCUGCGCAACCGUUGUCUGACUUGCCCACAGAUUACAGCUGACCUCAACAACACCCGUGAGAUGCCUGUAUGUUCUUCAACUGUUAGAAACAUCUCUGUGGAGCAGGGCUGA